AAAGGAAGUCAGCAAAUGAUGAGGAGGACGCAUGCUGGGGCAUAAUUAUCUCCCAAAUUAAUUGUUAGCGAAGCAAUUGCGUUACCGGCCGUCGGUUAAGUCAUCCGCCAAUCCCCAAGUUUCCCAAACUGCCGGUGGCGAAGUCGAGCAAACAGUGAGAGAGAGCCCGAGAGAGAAGAAGCAGAAACAGGGCAGGCAGCGAUCAACUGUCGUUCUCUCCUUACCAAACCCUAACCCCAAUCAUAUUUGACGUUUCAAAUCCAAAGUCCUCUUCGGUUUCGAUAAAUUUCGGUCAAAAACUCGGAUCUGUCAACAGGAGCCAUGGAUGCGCCGAGCUCAUGGGACGCUUUACGCAAACAGAAGUUUGGAGUAUCCAGAGCGCGUUUGAUAGUUGAGGCAUUGUGAGGAUAUCUGCAAUUUGUGUUAGAGCAGUCAGUUAUCAACAUCCUAUCUGAAGGUGGAUACCUGUAGUGGAAUGAGGAUUACAUGCUGAGGGCUAGAAAACUUGAAGCUCAGUUAGAUGAACAGAUGAAUUCCUAUCGUAAGCUAGUAUCCUCAAAAGGUUCUGCAAAAGUUGAUUCUGACGAGAAUGAUCUUGAAUCCGGUAUAGAACGACUAUUAGAUCAGCUUCAACAAGUAAGUUUGCAGAUGCAAGCUUGGGUGUCAUCUGGUGGGUCCGAAAUGGUAUCACAUACCUUGACAAGGCAUCAAGAGAUUCUUCAAGAUCUCAGACAGGAGUUCCACCGUCUUCGUUCGAGCCUGAGAGCUAAGCAAGAACACGCCUCACUUCUUGACGAUUUCAGAGAGUUUGAUCGAACAAGGCUAGACUUAGAAGAAGGUGCAGACUCAUCAGACCAGGCUCUUCUUAGAGAACAUGCAACCAUCAACCGUAGUACUGGACAGGUGGAUACAGUAAUUUCUCAAGCUCAGGCAACACUUGGUACCCUUGUUUUCCAACGUUCAACUUUUGGAGGAAUCAAUUCAAAGCUCACUAACGUUAGCAGCCGACUCCCAACGGUAAAUCACAUUCUUGCAUCAAUAAAGAGAAAGAAGUCCAUGGACACCAUCAUACUUUCUCUGGUUGCAUCAGUAUGCACUUUCCUUAUUUUCGUUUAUUGGUUGACCAAGUGAUCGAAGACUCUCGAUUGCCAGAGUUGUUUCUAUGGAGAAUGGAGAUCCAUGGGUCACGGCGGUCUUGCUUAUUGUUGGAUUUGGAAGGGUCGUGGUUUUCCCCCCCCUGGAGUUGGUACUGCGGUUGCAGUUCACUGAAAAAACGAGGAAAAGACACUCCAGCUGUCAGUACAACUUUGUAAAAUGUAAUAUUUCCCGUCAACGGAAGUGAUCAUAUAUGUAAAGGUCAAAGCAAAUUUCGACUGUAAAUUUGGGUAUCAUUUCUCUUUUGAACAGCUAGCAUAUACAAAUCAAUCCUCUUCACCAGAACUUCAUCUAUAAUAUCAGUCAUUCAUUGUUAUUGCUCGAAGAAUAUGCUGGAACAGUUAGCGGUCACUGCUGGGCUGUGGUAGCAAGUUCUAUGGAAGAAAUCAUCGGCAGUUCAGGCAACUUAGCUAAACAUAUAAGAUCUUGGAAGUUGGAACACACAAAGCUGCACCUGAGUAGUGAAGUGGGUUAGGAAUGACAGUCGAUCCAUACAAGCAUCUAUUUCAAAGCUUACGGAGAACGGAGGAGAGUGUUCAAGCUCAUCUUCUUCAAUUCCUGAUUCAUGUGAAGAGCACUUCUACUAUGCUAUAAAGUAUUGGUGCUUUAAUGUACAACUUAAAGUUGUACCAUAAAGUUAAAUGUAUAAGUUCAGGUUGUACCAU